GUAAUGGUGGCUAGCGAUAGGGAAAAGGCCUUUGCUUCAUGCAUCAUGUUAGGUGUGUGUCCAUAGUCGUCUUUCCGUUUUCUCUCAACUGCCACAUGGUGUAUUAUGUGUAGAUGUUUUCGGAUCUAUGUGACACUGAGAUAUGUAUACAGGAAGACUGCUUGUCCAUUGGAGGAAGUAGAACAGUUCCUCUUGGAUUGGUCCACUUUGAUGGGUUUAUAUUGGAAACCUGAAUCCCCUGUUCAUGGAGAUUGGUACAUUCCCAGCCAUGGCCUUCAGCAAUAUAUUCAAGAAGGCAACAAGUCUGCUGGGGAUUGGGGGUGAUGCACUCAAGCCUCCACCCCUAGAUGGAGAAAUCAUCUACUGUAAGAACAAUGUGUGUGUUCAUCCGCCCGCUCCUCUCUCUUUGGAUGCAGAGCAUUAUCCAGGAUACCUCACCCUCCGGGCACAUGAAGACAAGGCAUGUGGGCCAACUCUGAUUCUCACCUGGAUACCUAAUGCAACACUAAAAAAGAACCCAAGGAGCAUUGAAAAUAGCCCCAACAAGUCAAAGGGCAAUACACCCCGAGCCAGUCCAAGACGAACACCCAAACAAGAGUUUGCCAAACUCGACCACGGUUCUCAGCUCACCCCUUCUCCCAGCGAGUCGCAGUGUGACUCAGGAAUUCUGGGGGGAUCGGACAUUUUCGAGCGACUUGAACGUUCCCUACCUCGUAGAAAGAAACACAGUACAGACAACACGAGUCUGAGCUCUGAGAUAUCGGUGGGAUCCCGAGAUGAUAGUGUUGAGAGCUGGAACCCAAGUGAAGAGUUCACCCGGGAUGGUCAUCGUCUCAGCACGAGCAACAAGUCGCAAACAGAUUCAGGCAUCGGACCAGAAGAGAUUAUGACGAGUCAAGGUUAUGUGCAGAAUAACGAGAAGUCCCUGCCAAUAGGAACAAAGCCAAACAAGGUUGGGAUUAAUGUUAAUGAUCUGCAUACUGAGAAAGGGAAGAGUAAUAUGGAACAAAGGAAUCUCAUGAAUACCACUGUUAAGGAGGAAGAACUCUCUUCUCCUGAUAGUGAUGGACUUACAUCAGAAGAACAACUGGCAGCCAUGUUGAAACGAAAUAAACUUCAUACAAAAGCUAGGGAGAGAACAGACUCCAAUAAAUCUGUCAGUAUUGAAAUGGAUGGGGAUAAGUUGGUUGUUGUUACAGAAGAAGUUGGUGAUGAUGCAUUUGUUGAUAAGAAUACAGAUCUUUCCGAGAGGAAUCUAAACAAGAAUGAGAGCAAGUUUGAUAUGAGUAGCUCCCCUUCCACUGACGUAGAUUCUGCCAGUCUUAGUUCCGACUCAACCCAUCCUUCCCCUUCAGGGGCCCACUAUGACACUAUGCUGUCUGAACUGAAAAAAGACCUGGAAUCACAAAAUGGUUUAAGAUCCGGUGAAUAUCCCUCGAAAGAAUACCCCUUGAAAGAAUACCCCCCUAAAGAAACAGUACAAGUUAUGCCAACUGCGAGUAAGACUCCCAAUGAACUUGAUUUGAGUGGGUUUACUCACCCGCCACCAAAUACCCCAAUUCUUACUCCUGAUAUUUCUGUUACGCGGUGUCGGAACACAUCUUCCUCUUCCACAACGACUUCUGGUCCGGAUUCUCGACCUCCGAGUCCGUACACGUCCGAUGACUCGGCCCCCAACUCCCCUGGUAAGGAGUACUCAUCUUCCAGUUCCUCCGCAAGUGUGUCCCACAAUCUCACCUUCCCGGAAAACUCGGUGGCCUAUUCUUGUAAUCGGAAAGAUAAGAAAUCAGCCAAAGAACAGAUCUGUGGAGUCUUCUCAGUUGAUUUAGGUCAGAUGCGGUCUCUGCGGCUGUUCUACAGUGACAAGGAGUGUACACGGGGCCAGGUGGUCAUCGCCAGCAGGGAGAGCCAGUACAAGAUCCUCCACUUCCACAAUGGAGGCUUGGAUAAGUUGGCCGAGAUCUUUGAGGACUGGAGCUUGUUUGCCAAGGCUAAGGACAAGGUAUCAAAACGAAAAGUGAAGGAAGGUGAGACCCCGUACCGCCAGUUCCUCAUUGUGAAGCCCCAGAUCACAGACGACCAAUGCCACCCCGAGGAGGGCGUGUACGCCACAGUCACCGAGGAGAUCUGGAGGGUGCACAUGAACAGGGAGGGCAUCAUUGAGGAUGACUAUCAGCUGAGGAAGGCUAUAUUUUUUGGCGGCCUUGAUCCGUUGUUACGUCACGAGUCCUGGCCGUACCUCCUCCACUACUUCCCCUAUGACUCCAGUUUCGAUGAACGGGAACAGAUCCGCAAUGACAAGUUCAUAGAGUAUCAAAAUAUUAGGAAAAUGAGAGAGUUAAUGACAUUCGAGGAACAGCAGCAGUUCUGGAGGAUGAUCCAGUGCACUGUGGAGAAGGAUGUGGUGCGAACUGACCGAAGCCAUCCUUACUUCCGCGGGGACGACAACCCCAACAUUGAAGUCCUCAAGAACAUCCUACUGAACUAUGCUGUGGCCAACCCCUGGAUGGGCUACACACAAGGCAUGUCAGACCUGCUGGCACCGGUGCUGGCCGAGGUGCAGAAUGAGGUUGAUGCGUACUGGUGCUUCGUCGGACUCAUGCAGAGGACCAUCUUUGUCAGUUCCCCCCGAGACAGUGACAUGGACAAGCAGCUGAACUACUUCCGUGAGUUGCUGCGUUUGAUGGAGUUCAAGUUCUUUUCUCAUCUGGUGAAGUUGGGGAGUGAUGCUAUGGAGCUUCUCUUUUGUCAUAGGUGGAUCUUGCUGUGUUUCAAGCGUGAGUUUCCUGAAUGUGAUGCUCUGCGUAUCUGGGAGGCGUGCUGGUCCCACUACCAGACUGACUACUUCCACCUGUUCCUGUGUGUGGCCAUCGUGUCCAUCUAUGGGGACGAUGUUAUAGAACAGAACCUGCCUGCUGAUGAGAUCCUCCUCCACUUCAGCAGCCUUGCUAUGCACAUGAAUGGAGAUCUCGUCCUGAGGAAGGCCCGAGGUCUUCUCCACCAGUAUCGGAAGAUGAGGAAGAUCCCGUGCACGCUGUUUGGUCUGUGUUCUCGCUGUUCCCCUGGUAUGUGGGACAGCGGUCACGUGCCCACCGUGGAGUGUGUGGGGCACAGGGAAGGAGAUGAAUGUCUCUACCAAAGUCAGCCCAGCACACCGGUCACCCCCACACACUGAGGCAGAGGGCACCUGUAGUCUGGGAUAUACAGAACGAAUACAGUACUAACAACACUCACUCUCAAACAUCAUAGGACAAAAGUGUUACACACCAGAGUAGUAGGAUUCAGCAAUGAUUGAUGAUAGCAUCUUCUAUUCUAAACAAUGUCUCUCCCAUACACUUAUUAAUGCCUUGGUCGUUCUCUUACAACACACUGAAGGCAUCGCAGUGCAUUUAUUAAUGCCUUAGUCGUUCUCUUACAACACACUAUAGGUAUCUCAUGCAGUCAUUAAUGCCUUAGUCGUUUGCUACAAUACACUGGAGGCAUCGUCCAUGCAUUUAUUAAUGCCUUGGUUGUCCUCUUACAACAUAUUGUAGGCAUCACUCACGCAUCCAUUGAAGCCUUGGUCGUUCUCUUACAACACACUAAAGGCAUCAUUUAAUCAGGAACGGCUGUUGCAGAUGGGAAACAUGCUUGGUAGGUCUUUAGACCUUGGGCUGUCCAGCUGAAACUUUCUCAGCCUCUUCAUCCCUUGUCAUGCUGUUAAUUUCACAGUCCACUAUCAAAUCUUGGUACUUCACUCGUGCAGUAUUUUUAGAAAUUGUUAUGAUGAAACUGAUAAUGGACACACCAACAGGGUAGCUAUAACAGUCAUCACAUUGAUACCCAGUUAUAUUUGUAAAGGGAUGAUACAUGCAGAGAAAACAUCCAGUAUAUGUGCUGGCUUGAUAUACAUAGAACAGUAUUGUGGUUUUGACAAACUGGAUAGAGCAUUCACAUGUGUACAUAAAAGAUGAAUUCCAAAUACUAGAUCAUUGUUAGAAUAUUGUUCUUCCAAAUAUCCUACACAUCAUAUAGACAUCUCUUGAUGUCUCCAUUAGUGAUUGUGUGUCUGGUGUUUGUGUUUUUAGAAUACAUAUAAAGAGUACCUGAUAUGUUUGCAUUGCUUUAAGUUACAUGUAACAGAAAUGCAAUGUCUGUUUUUUUAGACAGGGAAUUUAAGCCUGAGGCUGAUCUUACAUAUGGCAGGGAUUGACGAUAACCAUUAGUAACCAAUGCCAAAGUAGAUUUUCAGAUAUGAAGACAUUUACAAAUUGUACAACAGACAGUAUUUAAAUUUCACACUGUGAAGCAGUUUCAUUGAAUGUAGGAUUUCAAUCGGAUAUUAAAGUGUCAAAGUGUGACAUCAGUUGUGAGUUAUUAGAGAUUAUUUUGUUGUUAAGACAAUGGAUGUUUGUUUAUGAUGUAUAAGCAAUGAUGUUGAAGUUCUUGUCAACUGUUGUGUUUCUAUGGUUACUGCCAUGUUAUGCUGAGAGAUGUUGGGAUCCACUUCUCUGACAGGGGUAAAGUACACCCAGAAUUACUCCCAUGUUAUAUAGAAUUAUUGCUCACAGAUUGUCAACAUAUCCAGGGUUGAUUCAAGUAGCAGCUGUACAUCAUAUUCACACUGCUGUUACUUUCUUGACUGUGGAGAACUGCGGUUUAGAAAAUAAUUUUGAUUUUCAUUUCUUUGCAAAAGCUACUGGUAAAAGUGGUAUGCAAUCCACAAGAAAAUAUCACUUGUCCUGAAUGAUUACUAGUCUCAGACUAGUUGAACUUAGUAAAUUUCAAAGCCUGCACCAGUUGCCAUGGAUAAGAAGACCCUGGUUCAAGUUAUAAGAACUGAAAGGACAUCUUGCUCAUGAAACCAAACCAACAUGUAUUCUGUCCAUUGUAUUCUUGACCAAGAGUUUUGAUGACAAAAACAGAUUGGUCUAGGCUUGAGUAAAACUAUAUAAAGCUGAUUUAUGAAUUUUAUGAUUGUUUUACAGUGAGUAAAGAGGUGAGAUUUUGGAUGUAGAGAAGGGAGUUGUCAGUGAUUGGUCCAGUCAUAUGGUGAUACAUAAUUACAUGUAUUGUUUUGUGUAUAUAAUGUAGAUAUAUAUUAAGGGCAGCAAAUGUAAACCCGACUUGUUCACCAGUUGAUCAGUGUUAGUCAAUAUUGAUAGUUGAUGUGAGAGAGUUCUCUUCCUGUUCUGAAAAAAAUUACCUCUUAUUGAUCUUGGAGAUGAUAGGGGAAUGUCACUGUAGAAUUAUUCUGUAGGAAGAAGUGUGUUUGUUCAUGUUGUUUUCUUUUCAGUAUACAUGGUAUAAAUCCAAAAACAAAACUUUGUGAAUAUUCAACAAUAUACUGCUAUUGGCCAUGAAUUUAGCAAGGUUGAGUCUUAGAGAAUGAAUCUUUAACAUUAAAAUCAUAAGUUGUUUUUUUUGUAAUUGAGCAAGUAGGAUAAUUUUGACCAGUAUAUAUGAUUAGCUACAGCUCCAUACUGGUAUGAAUAUAGUACCAGUAGUAAAUGAAGAUAUGCAUGAUUUUAAAGUUUUUUUUCGUUUCGAGUUUAUAUUGUGGUCUAAACCUACAGUUUAGUAGAUACUGCUGCCCUUGCUAGGUUUUUGGCCAGGAAUGUUCAAACGUUUCAUUAUUGAUUGUGUUGUGGUGUUUGAAACAAUUUACAACAUGUAACAGUAUUCAUGUAUCAUGUAUUAAGAUCAAUUUAUUGACGUAGACUAGCAUGGCAUAUGACAUGGGAAGGUGUGCAAUAUUAUUUUAUUUUGGUUCUGUGAUAUUCGGUUUGUGACCAACUAGAUACUUUAGUUCUCCAUACUAUAUUUAUGUAGGUGCUUCAUUACAAGAAGGGUAAGAUGGAAUGUGGUGGGAGGCAUGACAAUAAGCAAUAUGAUUACAAGGAGAAAGAUUGUGUUCUAUAUUUUCAAGGUGAUAUACAUAUAUAUAUUUACAGCCUGCCAAAAGCUUGUUUUGUGUGACUUUUAGACUGCUCAUCAACUUGUCAUGAUACACUGAGAUUAUUCAUUAUGGUAAUCAUUAAAUUACAAAAUACCACACACCUUGUUGAAUGUAUUGCUAUCGGUUCAUAUUUAGGCCCUGUUGAAGAACUUCAGUAACAUUAUAUUUGUACAACACAAAUGAGAUUAUUUUGUUUAUUUUGUUUGGUUGUUUAUAUCAAUAUUUGGUUGUUUGUUUUUAUGCGUAUUAGUUGUCGAAAAUGAAUAUGUCUGUGUCCAAGCUUGGUUUGAAUGUAAACAUCCUAAAAGGAUUGUCUGGUACUCUGCUGCAAAUCAUGAAUGGGAUCCUACUUGAGAUUAAAAUAGAUUUUCAGAGUGGAUUGAGAACAGAAUCUCUAAAAUGCCAUAUGCCCACAAAGUUCUUGCAGCCCAUAGACAGCUAAGAAACAGUCUGUGUUAGAAGUACUGCCAUUUGUUUUCAUCAGUAUUUCCCUGUAUGAAUUGCUUCGUUUUAAUUAAGUCUUCUGGGCAGUUUUAUUUGCAAAAUAACUGUACAACCCCAGAGAAAUGUUGCACAUGUUGGCUUUUGAGAUCUAGUUAAUUUUCACUUGAGAUAAUUUGAUACUGAUAAAAAGCAAUUAAUAUGAGUUCAGAUCAAAUUACCGGUAAGGAUUUGUUUUUCUUAAAAAAAAAUAAUGUUUUAUUUACAUGAUUGACAAUCAUUGUUUGCAUACAAGAUGUACUGCCAUUAAAAAACAUUCCAGGAAAUUGAUAUCUUCGUUUGAUGAAUAAAUUUGCACUCCAAUUUGCUUUUCAUUAUUAUAUACAAGAUUAAGAAAAACAAAAAAGAAAUAAGAGGUUCCUGAAAUCAUUGAUUAAGAUUGAAAGGGAACAUCAAAGACCACUGUGCUCAAAUGUUGGAAGUAAAGAGAUAACAAUCUAUUGUUUUUACCUUUUACCUUCAAUUUGGGUUUCAUAGUUAACAGUAUUUUUGUGAUGAUUUGUGAUAAUAUGAAAUAGUGCAUGUCAUAUAUUUAGAACGAAAUCCUUUACUCAAUAAUGCUCAUUCUUGUUAUUAUUUGCAAUUUAUUUCAUGUCAGGCCGUUUGUCCUGUGUCUGUUCAAGGGGGAGUUUAACUCACCAGCCAUGCAUUCCACUGUCCUCCUGGGACGAGGAUUUCUCCACUAGUCAACUAGUCAGUCAUGUCAAUAAAUAGAGUCACAAUG